GCUCUCUUUCUUACUCUCCCCAAUUGCCAUUCAAGUGAGCACGAGCGAACACAUGCAUGCAUACACACGCAUUUGCAACCCCCGUUACCUGCGAGGGCUUACCUAGGAUAGCAAAAACAACAACUACGAGUGCAGCUGCAGGCAUAUAAAAGGAAAAACGGAGAUGGCAAGAAAAAGCAAGGAACAUCGCAAAAACAAACAAAAAACAUAAAACGGAGCGCCAGCAGUUAGCUUGCAUUCAUUCGAUCGGCAACUUUCCAAGCGAGCGCAUCGCGGUGAGAAAAGUAGUAACAACAAAAAGAGAGAGAGAGAAGGAUUUCCAGUGCGAAGAUCGUUAUCAAUUUUACUAUAAAAUACAAAAAAAGAAAAACAAAUGAUGGCCGAUACCAGGAGCAGCUUGAAGAUCCUCUUCCAGGGCGAGACCAACCUCAUCACCUGCGAAUCCUCGAACACCUACGAAGAGGUCAUCUCCCAAGCCAUGUCCCGCUUCGACAUUCCGCAGACCCAAAAAAAAGCCCUUAUCCUGACCAAUGGCAAGGACUACGUGUUUGAGGCGCAUUUGCUGGAGUACUUCCUACUUCUGUUUCCCUGCCCGGAGAUCACCUUUCACCUGAGGUUUGACUGGUCAAAGAUGCGCCGCAGUCUCGGCCAGACCGAAUCCCUUAAGCGAAGGCGUCCAGUGGAUUCAGAGCCAACUGUGGGCCAGAAGGAGGAGGAUCAAGGCAAAGAAGAUCCGUUGCCGGAGUACACGCCCGUGCCCGUCUACCGGAUGAAUUGCUUCAUCGGAUCGCUGCCCACUGGCGGCGCCAUGCCCGUGCAUCGUCAGAAUUGCUUUCUUAGGGAGCAGUCCCAGCAGCAGCUGGUUGAGAUUUCCAUACCUCGGCUGCAGGAGGACGAUGACCAGCAAAAGGAGCCGCCCAAGAAGCGCCUGCGCGUGGACGUCUGUGCCAGGCCAAGACGCACUGCGUCCACGUCAGUUGGUCCGUCACCCGUUCCUGUCCUGCGUCCGAUUCGCAUCUAGGUCGCCAACCACGGAUUGUACAUAGCUCUAGUAUACGAUACUCCAAUUAAAUGUACUCAUAAGCUAAAAGGUUGAACCAAUGUUCCUAAGACUUAUACUAUACCUAUCGCACCAAACAAACGUCUAAGCCAAAUGUUAUAUUAUGUAGACUAACAUUUUUUGUUGAUAAUUUUAAGCUAUGUGAAAGCUACACACUUUAGUUCCACAGCUGUCUUUCGACCUAUUAUCGUAUGAUUUGAGAUUACAUUUUUUUUACUUUUAAUUUUCAAAUAUACCAUUUUAUAAAUAU